GAAGAAGGAAGAAUUUGGUUGAAAGAAGAAGAUUGGGAAAGCAGAAACCCUAAAGGAAUUUUGUACAUCAGACCGACGCAGGAGAGCAAGAUGAUGAAGCACACGCAAACGAUUCUCGCAAAGUUUUGUGGAAGAGCGUAUUCGACCAUCGCCUCUUCCCCCCUGUCCUCAAGCGUCAAUAAUGGGUGGAAGGAGCAGGACUGCUUGGUUCUUUAUGGACUAUUUCGUGGUGGAUAUUUUACCCAUGGUUUCAAAAAUGUUUACAAGAGAAGAGAGCAUUGGCACAAAGUAGACAGAAUGCAAAACGAGCACGUCAAGCUUUCAAAGGAGCUGUAUGAUACAUCUGAACGCUAUCGUAAAGCAAUAAUGCAGGCACUGAAGGAGGAGCGUAAGUCUAGGCCAUGAGCGGAGCAAUUCAGUCUAAUCCAAUGUUACUUUUAUUUUGGACUAGUAUGUGGGUUUGGUGUAAUCCGGUGAAGUUCCGUCUAACGUAGAUUCUUACCAUGUUGGACUGAUGGAGGAAGCGAUAUUGUUCAGGAGGCGCGUUGGCCAGUUUUGGACAUUGGUGGGAAGCUCCUUGGAGCAGAGAGUAUAUAAGUUUCCGUUGAGCAUCUAGCCACACACCAUAAGCCCUGGUCGACCUUCGUAGUUCGGCUUCUUUUACGAACAAGGGCGAGCCAUUUGGCAAGCCGUCGAAUAGACAGAACCAUUCUGUCUUAGGAUUCGUCAGUAGUAAAAUGUCUUGUCAACCACGGCGGGGGAGUCACGCACGCCGCUCUCAAAUGGGACAAUCGAUGG